UGGUCACCUUCUCCAGGGAGAAUCAGAACAAUGUCCUACGUUUUUGUAAACGACUCUUCCCAGACAAAUGUGCCAUUGCUGCAGGCUUGCAUUGAUGGAGAUUUUAACUACUCCAAACGACUCUUGGAAAGCGGUUUCGACCCAAACAUUCGCGACAGCCGGGGCCGAACCGGCCUUCACCUGGCUGCAGCCAGAGGAAAUGUAGAUAUCUGUCAACUCCUGCAUAAAUUCGGUGCUGACCUACUGGCCACUGAUUACCAAGGGAACACAGCCCUUCAUCUGUGUGGGCAUGUCGAUACCAUCCAGUUCCUGGUUUCUAAUGGACUUAAAAUUGAUAUUUGCAAUCACCAAGGUGCAACACCACUUGUUCUUGCCAAACGAAGAGGCGUGAAUAAAGAUGUGAUUAGACUGCUGGAAUCCUUAGAGGAGCAAGAGGUGAAAGGAUUUAACAGAGGAGCUCACUCAAAGCUGGAAACAAUGCAAACGGCUGAAAGCGAAAGUGCCAUGGAAAGCCAUUCCCUCCUUAAUCCAAACCUGCAGCAAGGUGAAGGAGUUCUCUCCAGUUUCCGCACGACAUGGCAAGAGUUUGUGGAAGACCUGGGCUUCUGGAGGGUGCUGCUCCUCAUCAUUGUCAUUGCUCUUCUGUCACUUGGAAUAGCAUACUAUGUUAGUGGGGUGCUUCCUUUUGUAGAAAACCAGCCUGAGCUGGUGCACUGAAGCAAAUGCAAAGUGCACUGUGCUUUUCCCUGUUCUAAUCUCAUUUUGAGCUUCUUGUGUUUAUUCUUUCGGUGCAGACAGUGGCAGCUGUAUAUACUGUUUGCCUUUUGUACUUAUUAUUAACCCCUUUGAAAGAGGGAUUAAUUCAUUUCAAGUAAAACACUAAAUUCUAAAGCAUUCCUAAGCUACCUCUGACUUAUCUUGACUUGCAAGCAAGAUGUGAAGGAUAAUCCUCUCUGCUGAUAAAACAUUAUGAUUAGAAAAGGCCCUUCAUAAUGAAUAUUAAAUUCCUGGGUAUGAAAAACAUAUCCCAGUACAGAAUCAAUUUUGAUUUAUUUUCCCUAUGAGGUGAGGUAAGUGUAUUGCUGGAUUUUUUGU